GCUGGAGCCCCCGCAGUCCUCCUCCAGCAGCUGCGUGUCCUGUCAAGGGAGCCCACGUGUCUAGGAUUUUCGUAAUGAGGAGCCACCUGCCCCUGAUGGAGCCCGCUGGGCCUCAGCGCUCCCUGGGCAGCGCCAACUCCAGAGCAACAGGCUAAGCUGCGCUCUCAGAUCCCUGCUCUGGCUGCUGGCCCCUGGCGAGCCUGUGCCCGUGCUCAUCUUACUGUACAGCUGAGGAGUGUUCCACUGUGUAGACGGCGUCUCCUUAACCCACUCGUCCGCCUUUGAGCACAGUUUUAUUUCCUGCCAGCCAGUGACUCAAAAAUGAAUUGAAAACAGGGUCUCCGUGGUGGCACAAGGGAUUGAGACACAACCUAUGAAGCUCUCUACAGCCACUGCCGCAUGAGUUCAAUCCCCGGCCAGGAGAUGUUGUCAUUUGAGGACGGGGCUGUGGUUUUCACCUGGGAGGAGUGGCAGGACCUAGAUGAUGCUCAGCGGACUCUCUACAUGGAUUUGAUGCUGGAGACCUACAACAGUCUGUUGUCCAUGGGGUUUUGUGUUAACAAACCUGAGUUCAUCAUCAGAUUGGAGCAGGGAGCAGUGCCAUGGACUGUCAAGGAACCCUCAAACCAGAGCCUCUUAGAUGCCCAUACUGUGGAUGACCUGAUUGAGACCAACCAGGAAAACCAGGGCAGGCAUUUGUGGCAAGUUCUAAUCGCCAAUGGCAAAACAUCAAGUAAGGAAAUAAUUGACUUAGGAAAACCACUUAAUUUGCAUCCAAUAUAUAAUUUGAAUUUGAGUAUAAAUAAUGACAUUCAUUCAGGAAUGAUGCCUGUAGAGUUUCAUACUUGGAAGAACAUGUUCUUCCCUGGUGAGCCUGAUGAGAUGCAUGCAAUAGAGAAAAUUGAGAGGCCUAGUGUAACUUGAAAAUGCCCUGGAUAUCCCGAGUAUCCUAGUCUUCAUCGUAUGAUUCAAACUUUGCAGCAACCUUUGGAAUUUAGUGGAGAAGGGAGAUACAUCAACAAAGAAACAAUAUUUUUUGUACCCAAAGAAGGGAUUUGAUGGGAGAGAAUGCCUUUCAAUAUAAGUGUAGGAAAGGCUGUUAUAUGUCAGCUCUCAUUGCCCAAGGUAGAGCUCAGGUCGGGCAGAUAUACUAUGCAUGUAAUAAAUGGGAAUCAUCCUUUUUUGAGAAACCAACACAUCUGAAUCUUCAUAAAGAUUUUGAACACUACAAAUGUAAUCAAAGUGGGGAUUAUUUUGGAACAAAAUUAAACCUUACUCAGCUUCAGGAAGUACCACUAGGUGAGAAAGUUUUUGACUAUAAUAUAUGUGGGAAAACAUUUUAUAAAUUCUCUUUCCUUACUCAACAUGAGAAAAUACAAGCAGCUGAUAAACCUUAUGAAUUAGGGAAAAUGUCCGAUAAUUCAACCCUCAAAAGAUGUCAGAGAACUUGGACUGGAGAGACACCCUUAGUGUCUAAGCAGUGUCAGAAAACUUAUUUCUGGAAGUCAGGUCUUACUGAACAUCAGCAGUCUCAAACCAUGGAGAAGACUUAUGAAUGUAAAGAUUGUAGGAAAACUUUCUGUCAGAAGUCAGCCCUUAUUGUACAUCAAAGAACUCACACAGGAGAGAAAUCUUAUGAAUGCAGGCAGUGUAUGAAAUCUUUUCAAUGGAAAUCAGCCCACAGUAAACAUCAGAAAACUCACACAGGAGAGAAACCUUACAAAUAUCGUGAGUGUAGGAGAACUUUUUAUUGGAAGUCAGCCCUCACUAUUCA